CCGCCCGCGCGGGUGGGCAGGGUAGCAGGAGGUUGGCUCAGGCAUCCACACAGUCACUGCCCAGUACAGUACCCAACCGCAUCCUUAAGGUACUGGCAUAUGUUCGCCCGAGCGAGAAUUAACAUUACACAUCUCUCUCCCACCUCACCGCACGGCAUGUUAUCGUACGCUUACGGUAAUUAUCAUACACUCGCAACAAUUGUCCCAGUGAUCGCCGCGCCAGUUGACUCAGUGAUCGUCGUACAUUACUGUGGUGAGUAACGUACCUGGUGUCAAGUGGUCGUACAGUCAACACAAUAAUCUUGGCUGGUAUACGAGAGACACUUUCCCUCAACCUUCAGUCCUGGAAAGUAAGAGAAAUUGACGUAUCAGUGAUGGUGAGGGACUUGUGGUACUGACCCACCCGCUGGGACAACACUCCGUCACCAUGGUAGUAUCGAGCGUCCGGGAGAUGGUGCCUGUGGUGACCGGGGGAGUCAAGAUGGCGCCACCUCAUCACUUUGAUUGGGAUAUAAAUGAUUCUAAUAUACCCAAGGUUAGUGAGUAUGACGUGUUCUGCGACUGGGCCGAUGGACAUUGCCGGUUCGUUUAUCCGUCAGAGUUAGAAGAGGCCAAGAGACACUCAUCCGGCUGGGCCAUGAGAAAUACUAACAACCACAACGUUAAUAUACUGAAGAAAUCCUGUCUGGGCGUUGUUGUGUGUAGUCUGAGGUGUUCCUUGGAUGCUGGCUUAAAGGUCCACCUCCGGCCAGCCAUCUGUGACAAAGCCAGAAAGAAACAACAAGGCAAACCAUGUCCAAACAAGUCCUGUACGGGUAAACUUGAGGUCCUACCCUGCCGAGGUCAUUGUGGUUAUCCUGUUACUCACUUCUGGAGGCAUACUGACCACGCCAUAUUCUUCCAGGCCAAGGGUGUACACGAUCACCCUAAACCAGAAGCCAAGAGUACAGCUGAAGCCAGAAGAAGCUUAACAGGACGAGGAUUGUCACUACACCAUCACCAUCAUCAUCAUCAUCAUCACCAUCGUUCAACCAGACCUCACCAUAGGCUACAAGAGAC